GCGCCCAUAUUCUACUCUGCGUUUCGUCAUGAGUUUGUAGAUAAUAUCAAGUUUCCCCGAAAUGCUGUCUAGGAACCGCAUUAUCUAUGCUAGCCCAUUGCUGUUACAGAAGAGAAAUAUUGCAAGUCAGCUUGGGAAGCUAGCAGCGAGGCUUUUACGGUUUCGGUACCUGGCAUUAGGUGCUGGUGUUGGAGGUUCCUACACAAUAUCAAAGAAGUACGACGAAUUGAAGGACUUUUUUCCUGAUAUAUCUAUCAAAGAUUACAUCCCCGUUGAUGAUUUAAGAGAGACGCUGAAGCAUCUGAGGGAAUAUGCAAACGACCUCGCCGGAUCUAUGAUGACUUCUUCAGAAAAAAAGAAGGAUUCGCUCACAGCUUCGAUGAAAUACGAAGCCACAAAAGAUGUAGGAGAUGUUCCAUUACCCGUUUCCGAACAGAUUGACAGCGCUAAAAAGCCUGCAAAAAGCCAAGUUAAGCAUGUUACUGUUGAGGAGUUGCAAGAGGCCAUCUUCAAAAAUGAGUUGGCUUUUCAUAAACGUAUUGAAGCUCUGCUGCAGGAGAAUAGAGAACUACGUAAAGAGUUGCUUUUGAAGUCUCAGAAGUCUGCACAGAAGGGUCGCAUUAACAAAUCAUUAAUUGAUAUGUAUUCAGAAGUUCUAGAUGAACUAUCAGACCUGGAUUCGGCGUACAAUGCACAGGAUCAGUUGCCACGAGUUGUUGUUGUUGGUGACCAGAGUGCUGGUAAAACAUCUGUAUUGGAAAUGAUUGCACAAGCCCGAAUAUUUCCAAGAGGCAGUGGAGAGAUGAUGACUCGUUCUCCAGUGAAGGUUACUCUUUCUGAAGGACCAUAUCAUGUAGCUUCAUUUAAAGAUAGUUCGCGUGAAUAUGACCUUACGAAAGAAUCUGAACUUGCGUCCCUUAGAAAAGAGAUAGAGAUGCGUAUGAAAGCUCUUGUUAGCGGUGGAAAAACAAUCAGCACUGAAGUAAUCUCACUGAAUGUAAAAGGUCCAGGACUUCAGAGAAUGGUUCUUGUCGAUUUGCCCGGGAUCAUAUCUACUGUGACUACUGGCAUGCAAUCAGGUACCCGUGAAACUAUACAGGAUGUUGCACGACAGUAUAUGAAUAAUCCAAAUGCAAUAAUAUUGUGUGUCCAAGAUGGAAGUAUCGAUGCAGAGCGUAGCAAUGUGACAGAUUUAGUAUCCUCUGUAGAUCCAUCAGGCAAACGGACAAUAUUUGUUUUAACAAAAGUAGACCUGGCCGAAUCCAAUAUGCAUAAUCCUGAUCGAAUCAGACAGAUAUUAGAAGGGAGAUUAUUCCCAAUGAAAGCACUCGGCUACUUUGCUGUUGUUACUGGAAAGGGUAAAAAAGACGAAAGCAUAGAAAGCAUUAAAGAAUAUGAAGAGAAUUUCUUCCGUCAUUCUCGUUUAUUCAAAGAGGGGACACUUCGUAUGUCUCAGAUGACAACAGCCAAUCUUAGUAAGGCUGUAUCAGAAAGAUUUUGGAAAAUGGUAAGAGAUUCAGUAGAACAACAAGCUGAUACUUACAGAGCUAUCCGGUAUAAUCUUGAAACUGAAUGGAAAAAUUCUUUCCCUCAUUUACGUGAAAUGGAUCGUGAAGAAUUAUUUGAAAAAGCUCGUAACAACAUUUUAGAUGAUUUAAUCUCCUUAAACGGUAUCAGUUCAACAGUUUGGGAAAAAAGUAUCCGCUCAGAAUUAUGGAAUAAAUUGAAAGACUAUAUAUUCACUAAAAUAAUUGAACCUUCACAACAUAUUGAUAAUCUUGGAACAUUUCAAACAAACAUUGAUAUAUGGCUUCGUGAAUGGGUUGAAAAUGAUUUACCAAAGGAUUCAAUCAAAGCUGGUUGGCUGACACUAUAUAAUCAAUUGGAUAGUAAAUUAAAGACAGUACAGAAUGCACCAGGUCAUGAUCCACUAUUUGAUCCAUUAAAAGAAGCUGUACAUCAAGAGACCAGAAAACGUCACGAUUGGGAUCCUAAAGCUGAAUCUAGAUUACGUGUUAUCCAAUCCAAUGCAUUAGAUGAUCAUACUGUGCAUACUAAAGCUCAGUGGACUGCGGCAGUGGAUCUUUUUGAGCAAGCAGUUAAGGAUAGACUAAAAGACGUGAACCAAUCAAUCGCUUCGAAUUUUGGUCCAGGAUGGCUCGAACAGUGGACCCAUUGGAAAAGGCGCACUCCAGAAGAACAGGCUCGUCUGCAAACUGCUAAAGAAAUUGAAAAUUUACUCAUCUCGCUUCCAAAACCAACUGCGCAUAUUACACCGGACGAUCUGACAACUGUUAGACGCAAUUUACAAGCUCGUAAAGUCCCUGUUACAGAUAAAAUGAUUAAUGAAAUCUGGGAGCCUUUAGUGAGACGUUUGUACCUUGAACGAUCACUGUACACUUGUCAAGAAUGUCGAAAAGGCUUUUACUAUUAUCAACAUGGCUUUUUAAAUACCUCUUCAUUUGAUAAAACUAAUUCAAAUAUGUAUUCCUCUGAUAUGACUGAACGAAAUUCGAAUGUUGGUGAACAAUACAGUGCAGAUAAGGCUAUUUUGUCAUCUGAAUUCCCAGAUUGUCGUGAAGUGAUAUUUUUCUCCCGAUUAAUUCGUAUGAUAGAUGCAACUAGUAAUGCACUGAGACAACAAAUAAUGAAUGAUGAAGCAAGACGCUUAGAACAUCAUGUGAAACAUGUUUUGAAUGAAAUAUCCAAUGAUCCUCUUCGCUUAAAGAAGUUAAUCACUGGCAGACGUGUACAAUUGGCUGAGGAUCUAAAUCGAACAAGACACAUACAGGAGAAACUAGAAGAAUUUAUCGCGGCUUUAAAGGCUGGGGAAUAACUGUGAUGUUGAUUUUUUCUUCUUAGUGAUUUAGGUUUUCAUUGUACACUUUUAGUUAUGUCAUUUAUGUCUUCUUUUGCAUUCUUUAUUAUUCUUUGAAAUAUGUAUGCAAUAUAUCCAGAAUACUUUUCAGUAGUUUUUUUGUUUUGUUUUUUGUUUUUGCUUGUUCAAUGUUCAAUGGACUUUCAUUUAAACAAUUUAUUAUCUGUGUUCAUGAUUUCAAUGUAGAAUGUGCUUAUUUUCAAUAUGAAAUGGAAAUACUGUGAAAAAGAUGUCCAUAAUGUUAAUGACAUCUCAAUGUUAAUGCUUAUGUCUACACACAUUAUUUUUUGUGUUAUAUGUAGAUAUUAUUUAAUAGUUUAAAAAUAUGUGAAUGCAUCUUUCUACCUUCUGUAGGAAAACGCACAAGAGUUCUUUCUUAUUGGUGUUUUUUUCUCUUCUCUUCCACUAUUUGAUCUCAAUGCUUCUAUCAUUAAUUUGAUUAAUGUAUGCAACACAUAAUUAAUGCUUAUGUGAAAUGUUUAUAUCAAUUCUGUCAGUUUUAAAAGUCAUUUCUGAUCUCAAUAAAAUCGUUAUUUGUCUGCUUGAUCUACAUCAAAUACAUUUGU